AUGGAGCGUCUGGCACUGGGCUUGGUGCUGCUGGCCGGGACCCUGGCCGCCGGCAGCCCCCUGCACCGGCGAGACCUCCACACCUUCACGGGCAUGGUGCUGGACAUGGCCCCCACCUCCUUCGACGACCAGUACCGGGGCUGCAGCCGCCUGAUGGAGGAGGAGCUGGAGGAGCUCAACCGCACCGAGUUCGCCGACAACAGCAUCUACGUCCAGGCUUGGACCAGCGCUGCCAGGGCAUGGUGGAGCCACCAGGGCCGUGCCUCCCCGUCGCCGGCGCUGCGGCCGGAGCUGGCGAUCGCCCUCCGAGCGUACACCCUGGAGGAACGCCUCUACAAGACGUUCAACACCCGUGCCAAGGCCGGGAGCUCCCGCGAGGAAUACCUGGACACCUUCGACUUCAAGGUGCUGCAUUUCCUCCUGAGCGAGGCCCUGCGCACCCUGCGGGACGCCCAGCCCCGCCGCUGCCACCGCGUCUACCGGGGCGUCGAGGGCAUCCGCUUCACCGCCCAGCGCGGCCAGACCGUCCGCUUCGGCCAGUUCGCCUCCACCUCUGUCCAGGAGAAGUGCGCCCUGUCCUUCGGCCGGGACACCGUCUUCUCGGUGGAGACCUGCUACGGCGUCCCCAUCAGUGACUUCUCCGCCUACCCCGCUGAGGAGGAGGUCCUCAUCCCGCCCUUCGAGAGCUUCGAGGUCACCAACGUCACCCGCAGUGGGGACGGCGCCUUCAUCCAGCUCCGCUCCCGGGACGCGCACAGCACCUACAACUGCGAGUUUGUGAAAGGCCAGAUGGAUCCUCGCUGA